AUGGCAAAUUCUCCAAAGUCCCAUAAUCAGCUCUACCUUGCAGUUGAAUCAACAACAGACCACACUAGCAAAACUCAAGUCUAUGUUCUCAAAAAUACUAUUGAUGCUAUAUGCAACAUAACUAGGCAUGCUCCAAAGUGUGAAUCUGAUCCCAAGGUGUCACUUUGCACCUCUGAUAUUGCUUGUAAACUUUAUGGAGUCAAUGGAGAUCAUGCAAGUGAUCAGCUCAAAGUUGCACAACUGGAGAAGGAGUGGAAGAUAGACUCCUGGAUUAAUCACCUUGGGAAUACAAAACUCUUGAGUCUAGGGGAUUCAGAGUCAAAAGAUUUAUACAAAUCACUACAUGCAGCUGCUGAGACUGAAGCUGGGGGUAUGGAUGCAUUUGCUGGGCUGUCAACAACUGAUCAGGAGGACCUGUUAGCCUCAGAGUAUCAAAAGUGUGUCUGGGCUCUUGGGCAGAUUGAAUUUGAUUGUACCAAGCCUAAUCUAAAGCAGGAUAUGACUUGUGUGGUCCAUGGUGGGUGCUGUGCUCACAAAGAUAUGAAUGCAACAAAAGGUGGGGCUGCUGCAAUGUCCACCUUCUGGAAGGCAAACACUAGCCUCUUACCCCCAGUGAAGCUUUUCAAUAAAGAUAAUGAUGCCACUGUAUCACUUUUGGACCCCUCAGGGGAAAUGCUGGAGGCAGAACAAAGGGCACUAUCUAUAACAGAAGGAGGUGCAAUCAAGUUUUGUAAUCUUGCAGGAUACACAUUUAAUCACAAAGAUGACAAGAAGGGGCAUCAAGACAGCCAUGCAUACUAUUUUGCAGAGAAGUUUGGCUGA